AUGACCGUGCCUUUAAGCUUCAGGGAACAUGGGGAUGCACAUGGUGGGGCCAUUGCAACCUCCGCUGAGAUGUCCAAGAAAUCCUGGAAGCGCUGGCGCUGUGCGGAGAGGAAGCUAUCUUCUGCGCAUGCAUCGGUGCAGGGGCGUCUUGUUGGCCUCCUCAGUGGGCUUUGCAGUGGUCAUCGCACUCCAGCUGUGGCGGUCUCCAAUUUGAUCGCCCGUGGCAGCGGAGCGGCCGCUGACGUGCACACCCUACGAAUGGUGCUGAAUGAUUCGGACCUAUGGGAAGCACCAGAAAAAGAUGGACCAACCAUGGAGGCUUCUCCAAAGGUUUCUCCCACCUCCCCUUUGAGCUUGCAAAGUUUGGAUAACUUCCGAUCGUCACCUCGUCGACUGGAGGAGAUGCGGAUCUCAACCGCUGGGCCCUGUACAGUUCAUCUGGGCGACGAGGUUUCAACACCAAGAUCCACAGUGUCCCUCUCGGACUCCGACUUUGGCCUGGCUGGCUGGCAGCUUGAGGCGCCCGGAAAGGCUAUUCCUUUGCUCGAUGCCUGGCAGGCGAAGAAAGGGGUUCUUUGCAAUUCUAUGUGCCGACAAUUGUUUGUGAGUCUUUGA